AUGUUUUCAAAGAUUGUAAUUCUUUCAGCCUUAUGUAUGGCUUUGUCAUUGGCUUAUCAUCACAAUCUUCAUGGUCAUCAUUAUCACCACCAUCCACAUCCAUACAAAUUCGGUUAUCACAUCUCAGAUCAUCAUGGACACCAACACAGGCAAGAACAUGGGGAUGGCCAUGGGCAUGUGCAUGGUAGUUACGGCUUUACUGACCAUCAUGGCAUCCAUAGACAAGUUCACUAUGUAGCUGACCAUCAUGGCUUCAGAGCAAAGGUGGAAACCAACGAACCCGGAACAGCCAACCAGGAUCCUGCUCACGUUCAUUUGCAUUCAAGCGCACAUCAUCAUCAUCAUGGCUAUGGCCACCAUCAUGGACACGACCAUCAUCAUCAUGGCCAUGAUCACCAUCAUCAUGGACAUGAUCACCAUCAUCAUGGACAUGGUCAUCACUAUUAA